GGGUUCAAGCGUCCUCCGGUUAACGAAUCUCUGUAAUGAAUGCCGCAGUUUGAGCUCAACUUCUGUUCUUAAUUUUGAAAUAUUUUUGUUACCUGCAGUGGUGCGAGGAGACUGACGUAUACAGCAUGUAAAACCUUGUAAUUAUGUGUUUAAAGGUUAUGGAACCAACGAACAGAGCAAAAAUAUUGCCUAUAAAUCUUCAAGAUUAAAUAUAUGAACAAUAGAAGUUUAUCAAUUCCUGCUUGUCAGCCAAUAUGCUUAGGGUUAAAUAUAUGCAGUUAACGCUCUACUUUUCAACAAGGCUUACUAUCUCAUCCAUUCAGAUGUUCUGAAGAAAAGUUAUAUAUGCAAAGAAAGCAAGCAGUUCUCUGAAAAAUUAAAAAUAUAUAUAUAUUCUAUUGAUUUUUGUAAAAUAUAUAUAAUGCACAAUAUCAGCAUAUCUAUUAGAUGGUUCUGCUUAACUUAAUACGUACUUAUGUUUUAUCAUGAUAAAAACUUUUAAUCCGAUCUAACUUGUGUUGCAGAAGAUUUUCUAAAACGCAUGCUUUAGCGAGGCAUAUAGGAACACCUGUGAAAGAAAAGCCUAUCCGAGGGUCAUAGAAUAUAAAAUAUUUUCUAACCAAAGGACUCAUAUUUGGAAUAUAUGCAAGUUUACAAAAGAAUUCUGCAAAAUGUGUAGUAAAAUCUUUUCUACGCAGGAAUAUAUAAUACCACAAAUCUCGACGCAUAUUAAAGAGAAACAAUUUGUUUGUAAUGUGUGCGAUAAAAUAUUUUCUCACAAAGGACAUUUAAAGACACAUUUAAUGACGCAUACGAAAGAGAAACCGUAUGUUUGUGUUUGCAAUAAAGCGUUUUCUUUACUGGGAAAUUUAAAGACUCAUUUCCGAACGCAUACGAAAGAGAAACCGUAUGUUUGUGAGAUUUGUAGUAAAGCGUUUUCUGAGCAAGGAAGUUUAAUGAGACAUUUAAGGACGCAUACCAAAGAGAAACCGUAUGUUUGUGAAUUUUGCAGUAAAACAUUUUCUGUGCCGGGAAAUUUAAAGACACAUUUACUGACUCAUACGAAAGAGAAACCAUAUAUUUGUGAGAUAUGCAAUAAAACGUUUUCUCUACGGGGACAUUUAAAUAUACAUUUAAAGACGCAUACCAAUGAGAAACCGUAUGUUUGUGAGGUUUGCAAUAAAGCGUUUGCUCUACGAAGACAUUUAAAGAGACAUAUGAAGACGCAUACGAAAGAGAAACCGUAUGUUUGUGAAGUUUGCAGUAAAGCGUUUUCUGAGCUAGGAAGUUUAAAGAGACAUUUAAGGACGCAUACCAAAGAGAAACCGUAUGUUUGUGAGUUAUGCAGUAAAACGUUUUCUGAGCUAGGAAGUUUAAAGACACAUUUGCUGACUCAUACGGAAGGGAAACCAUAUAUUUGUGAGAUAUGCAAUAAAGCGUUUUCUUUACGAGGAUAUUUAAAGACGCAUACGAAAGAUAAUCUGUGUGCUUGUAAUGUGUGCGAUAAAGUAUUUUCUCAUAAAGGAAAUUUAAAGAGACAUUUAAGAACGCAUACCACAGUGAAACCAUAUAUUUGUGAGGUUUGCAGUAAAACGUUUUCUGAGCCAGGAAGUUUUAAAGAGACAUUUAAGGAUGCAUACCAAAGAGAAACCGUAUGUUUGUGAGACCUGCAGUAAAGCGUUUACUUAGAAAGGAAGUUUAAAAAUUCAUUUAUUGACGCAUACGAAAGAGAAACCAUAUAUUUGUGAUGUUUGCAAUAAAGUGUUUUCUCUACGGGAAUGUUUAAAGACAUUUACUGACGUAUGCGAAAGAGAAUAAUUUAAUAAUAUGUACUAUAAAGGAUUUACUUCUUGAUGUGAGAUUCGAUUGAUUUUUUUUUUCUAUUUAUAACUAAGACGUGAAAGUACUGUAUGUUUUAUCUAUAAUACACAUUAUAAUAAAUAAGUAGCAUAAUACAUUGGGUGUUAAAAAUAUAUGGCAUAGUGCUUUAUAUACACAAUAUACACUCAUGUCCAAAAUUGAGGUCACAAACAUAAAAUCUGCUAAAAAUGAAAAACUAUUCACUGUGUUGCCACCAAAUUAGGCACAGAGGUACACUACAAUGGAAGAAAGAACAUAAACACAUAACAACAUGGAAAAGAAUUUAAUUGGGAAUUAAGAAACAGGAUAUAUCAAAAAGUGUUACAUUAUGAAUCAGAGAUAAAGCAUUUAUCUCGGGAAAAGCCUGUCUAAUAUGGAAUGUGACCACCGUGCACUGCUAUACAGGCUUCACAACGAGCUUUCAUACUGUUUAUGAGGGUGUCAAUAAAUGCUUGGGGCAACAAAGCCCAUUCUUCCAAAAGCGCAGCAUUUAACUCUUCGAUUGUAUUAGGAAGGGGGUUACGCUGUGCAAUGGCUCUUCUAAGACCAUCCCAAACAUGUUCAAUAGGAUUGGAAUCCGGAGUCCUCGAGGGCCAGUCCAUACGUCAAAUAUCCUCUUCCUCAAGAAAAUCAUCAACGAUCUGGGCUCUGUGUAGAAGCCCGUUUUCAUCCAUAAACAUGAAGUCUGGGCCAAAAGCACCCCAGAACAACCUCACAUAGGCUUCAAGGAUCCCAUCCGUAUAGCGAUGUGCAUUGACAUGAUCCACAUCGAAGACGUGCAAUGGUGUACGACUGCCCAACAUUAUGCCAUCCCAGAUAAGGAUUCCUCUGCCACCAAAUCUGUCGAUUUCUUUUACGUAGAAGGGUUGAUAGCGAGCUCCUCGCUCUCUCCAGAUGAAGAUUCGACGAGUGUCACUCUGUGUGGUAAAUCUCGACUCAUCACUGAAAAGAACACGCCCUCAUUCUUGCUGUGCCCAAGACUGAGAUGUUAGGCACCACAACAGCUGGGCUUUUCUGUUGGAUGCAGUCAAAGGGACGCACUCAACUGGUCGCCGGCCAUAAAGAGCCCUCUCUGCUAGACGUCUGUAUACUUUUUGUCUGGAAAUUCUUAUUCUAUACGCAGCAGCAAGGUCACAAGCAAAUUGAGGAGUCGUUGUCCGCCUAUGCCGUCGUGCGCUUAAUGCUAAAUAGCGAUCCUGUGCAGGCGUCGUUGCUCUGUGACGGCCUUGGCCGGUCUUCCUGGUUACAGUACCACUUCUUUGGAAUUGAUUCCACAACCUGGAUACCACUUUCGGUGCCACUUGUAACCAUCGAGCCACCUCCGCUUGAGACUGCCCAGCUUCAAGCCAGCCAACGGUUCUCCAUCUCAAGGCAUCGUCUAAACGAUUAUGAGAACUCAUUCUCACUAGAAACAGGUUAAAUUUUUUGUUUUAAUGCAAUAUUCACAAAAUUGCAGGCAAACAUCCCAGAUGCCUAAACGGUCUAAUUUCAGUAAUUCCCCAAAAACUAAUGCUAAACAACAUUUUUCCCCACAACAAAGGUUAAUAUCGUAUUAGCGGCCCUUCACAAUAUAUAAAAUAUAAUUUUAAAUUUUACUGGUAGCCAUUUAGAAUUAUUUUGAAAAACAUUUUUGUGACCUUAAUUUUGGACAUGAGUGUAUAUAGUAUGAUAAAUUGUAAUACAUUGUCAAAAUAUUUUUAAUUUUUGUAGGCUUGUAAUUUUAUUAAUUUUGAACGUUUUACUUCAGGUGCAAAGAUUAAUAAAAUUUACCUUUUUUAGGUUAUGGAACCAACGAACAGAGCAAAAAUAUUCCCUAUAAAUCAUCAUGAUUAAAUGUAUGAACAAUAGAAGGUUAACAAUUCCUGCUGGUCAGCUAAUAUGCUUGGGGUUAAAUAUAUGCAGUUAACGCUUUACUUUUCAACAAGGCUUACCAUCUCAUCCAUUCAGUGCUUGAGAAGAAAAGUUAUGUUAUAUAUGCAAAGAAAGCAAGUAGUUCUCUGAAAAAUUAAAAAAUAUAUAUAUUCUAUCGAUUUUUGUAAAAUAUAUAUAAGGCACAAUAUCAGCAUAUCUAAUAGAUGGUUCUGCUUAACUUAAUAAAUACUUAAGUUUUAACAUGAUGAAAACUUUUAAUCAGAUCUAACUUGUGUUGCAGAAGAUUUUCUAAAAAGCAUGCCUUAGCGAGGCAUAUUCGAACACCUAUGAAAGAAUAGCCUAUCAGAGGGUCAUAGAAUAUAAAAUAUUUUCUAACCAAAGGACUCAUAUUUGGAAUAUAUGCAAGUUUACGAAAGAAUUCUGCAAAAUGAGUAGUAAAAUAUUUUCUACGCAGGAGUAUAAAAUACCACAAAUCUCGACGCAUAUUAAAGAGAAACAAUGUGUAUGUAAUGUGUGCGAUAAAAUAUUUUCUCACAAAGGAAAUUUAAAGACACAUUUAAUGACUCAUACGAAAGAGAAACCGUAUGUUUGUGAGAUUUGCAGUAAAGCGUUUUCUGAGCUAGGAAGUUUAAUGAGACAUUUAAGGACGCAUACCAAAGAGAAACCGUAUGUUUGUGAAUUUUGCAGAAAAACAUUUUCUGUGCCGGGAAAUUUAAAGACACAUUUACUGACUCAUACGAAAGAGAAACCAUAUAUUUGUGAGACAUGCAAUAAAGUGUUUUCUCUACGGGGACAUUUAAAUAUACAUUUAAGGACGCAUUCCAAAGAGAAACCAUAUGUUUGUGAGACUUGCAAUAAAGCAUUUUCUGUCCGAGGACAUUUAAAGGCGCAUUUGAGGACGCAUACGAAAGAGAAACCGUAUGUUUGUGACAUUUGCAGUAAAGCUUUUUCUGUGCUAACAAUUUUAAAGAAUCAUCUUAGCACGCAUACCAAUGAGAAACCGUAUGUUUGUGAGGUUUGCAAUAAAGCGUUUUCUUUACGAGGACAUUUAAAGAGACAUAUGAAGACGCAUACGAAAGAGAAACCGUAUGUUUGUGAGGUUUGCAGUAAAGCGUUUUCUGAGUCAGGAAGUUUAAAGAGACAUUUAAGGACGCAUACCAAAGAGAAACCGUAUGUUUAUGAGUUAUGCAGUAAAACGUUUUCUGAGCUAGGAAGUUUAAAGACACAUUUGCUGACUCAUACGAAAGGGAAACCAUAUAUUUGUGAGAUAUGCAAUAAAGCGUUUUCUUUACGAGGAUAUUUAAAGACGCAUACGAAAGAUAAUCUGUAUGCUUGUAAUGUGUGCGAUAAAGUAUUUUCUCAUAAAGGAAAUUUAAAGAGACAUUUAAGAACGCAUACCACAGAGAAACCAUAUAUUUGUGAGGUUUGCCGUAAAGCGUUUUCUGAGCCAGGAAGUUUUAAAGAGACAUUUAAGGAUGCAUACCAAAGAGAAACCGUAUGUUUAUGAGACCUGCAGUAAAGCGUUUGCUUAGAAAGGAAGUUUAACAAUUCAUUUAUUGACGCAUACGAAAGAGAAACCAUAUAUUUGUGAUGUUUGCAAUUAAGCGUUUUCUCUAUGGGAAUGUUUAAAGACACAUUUACUGACGUAUGCGAAAGAGAAACCAUAUGUUUGUGAGACUUGCUGUAAAGGGUUUUCUCAUAAAGUAAAUUUAAAGAAACAUUUGUUGACGCAUACGAAAGAGGAACCGCACUUUUGAAACUUAUGCAAUAAAAUUUUUCCUUGUGGAAAAUUUUUUAUUUUAAUAUUUUCUGACGCUUGCGAAACUAAAACUUCUGUGUGUAAUAAAGCAUUUACUGUAAGAGUAAAUUUGCAGUUCCAUUUACGAACCGAUUCUAAAGAGUGGCUGUAGUGUUUAUUGGUUGAAACAUUAUAAGGAGAUGGAGAAAUUUAUUGACACAUGCAAAAGUAAACUCGCAUGGUUGUAAGGUGUGCAACAAAACGUUUUCUCUGCGACGAAAUAUGAAAGUGCGUUUAUAGGUUCAUACGAAAUGAAAAUGAGAGCAAUAAAGCCUAUUCUAAAUCUGUAAGUUUAAAGCCACAUUUACUUACGCAUGCAAGAAAACCCUGCAUGUUUGCGAUGUAUGCAAGAAAAAAUUUUGUCGCCGAAGUAAUUGACGAAAUAUAUAUAUAUAUAUAUAUAUAUAAACUGUAAGGGAAUUUGAUAUUGCACUUACUGACGCAUACGAAAGAGAAAUCUUAUAUAUGUGUGUGGAUUUUGGCCAUAAUAUUUAAUUCAAUGACGGCGUAAAAAAAUAAGAUUUUUACUUAAAGGAAACAUUAAGAAUUUUUUUCCUAAUUAAUCUCUAAUACAUAUAUUAAUCUCAGAAAAACAAAAGAAAAUACAGUUGGCUCGUGCAUCACAUGAUUAAUUUGCGUGUACGAGAAUGCAGCUUAAACUGCUAUGCCAUCUUGAUGAAAGCAGAAUCAUCACAGUACUCCCAUAAAAUCUAUGAGUGCCCCGCCCCCCUCUCUUAGUAUAGCAGCCCUCUAAUCUCGUUACCUCUAAUUCCAGUGGUUCUAAUCGACGGCAAGAUCUGGUUACAUAAGGUGGUAGAAUAGAAUUCGAAGACAACUCAAGAGUCAACGGAGAAGGCUCAAGUACUGAUUGCUUUCAAGAUGGAAUUGCAGCUGAUGGUGGCGAUAUGAUUGGUGCAAAUGACUGAUAAGAAUUUUCGAAGAACGCAUGCUUCACAUGAUCAAUGCCGAACGUAGAUUCUUUGCCGUUCUGCUCAGUUGUGAAGUUUUUAUUAGUACGUCUGAGUACACAGUAAGAGCCAUCAUACGGUGCUUACAGGGGUUUCUUAAUGUCGUCGUGGCGCACGAACACAUGAAUGCAAGACUCUAAAACUUGAUGUUUGAGCACAUUUUUUUUUUUUAUUAUCAUUAGAUGCAACUGACGCAAGUUUCAGUUGCCCCAUCGCAGUUCGUAAAUUUUGUAAAAAUCCAUGAAGUUCAACGUUAAGUGAAAUGGUCGCAGAAGUUCCGCAGAGCAUUUCAAGAAAGGGUUAGACGAAUCCUGCUGAUGCGCACCGCAGAUCUUACUUCAAUGCCGUUAUGAGUGCAAGUAAAACUAGUGGAAUUUAUUCAGUCCAUUUCGCGGGUGCCUGAGGUCUGAGACUUUGUUUUAAAGAUCGAUGAAAUCACUUUAUUUAUUAUUUAUUACAAUUAUUUGCAACUGAUCUCGAGAUCGAAGUAAAAUUUAAAGAAGAAAUUUAGUUGCAUAUAUUAAAAAAAAAUUAUGUAUAUGACAUUUUUUUGAAGAUUUUCUAUAGUCAUUAUUGAUUACGAGUUUAAUGAAGCACACAUAACACCAGUUCAUGUCCCUGCAACUAUAACCUACUGAUUAUUAUUUAAAUAGUGUUUAGUUUAGUUUAGUUAUAUUAACGUCCCGUUUAAAGCAAUACUAGGGCUAUUUUGGGACGGACCACGUAAUUUUGAACCUCGGUCAGAUGAUUAGGACGACACCUGAGCUCACAUCCCUCUCUCCACACCAGCGGGAGGACGUUUGGUAAUGACGGAAAAACAGAAACACAUACAGUUUGUAAUUACAAAGUUCAGAAAAAAAAUAAUAAAAUAAGUAAAAAUAAAAAAAAAAUUAUAAAACUUUUAACAAAAAAAAAAUGCUAAACAUAAGGACAGAAAAUAAAAUGAAAAAAAG